GCCUCCAUCUUGGAGUGCGAGUUUUGAGCGACGUCAUAGACGUGCGCGUUUUCUGUUGGCUAAAUUUAAUACACAACAAAGUUAUGAAAUUUGGUUGAUGGCUACUACAUAAUACAUUGAAAAUGAUAACAUGCCGUCAUCCGUAUGUCGUGUGGUAAUGUUUUCAAUGUGCAUUGUUUUCUCAAUUGGAAGUGAGUGUGGGCCUGCAGAAUACAAAACUAGCGCUGGAGAAUGUUGUCCUAUGUGUGGAAAAGGUUCAGUUGUAUACAGACACUGCACUUCAGACUCCAGCACAACAUGUAUUCCGUGUAUCAGAGGGACAUACAUGGAUGAACCCAACGGACUUACCAGGUGCCUCCCAUGUAAUACUUGUGAUCCAGGGCAGGGACUAAUUUUUCUUAAUGAGUGUACAACAACCAGCAACGCAGUCUGUGAUGUCAAAGAUGGAUUUUAUUGUAAAAGCUAUUCAAGAAAUAAAGAGUGCAGUUAUGCAAUAAAACAUUCCACAUGCUCCCCUGGUGAAUACCUCAAAGUACCAGGGACAAAAACUACGGAUACACAGUGUGAACAGUGUCCACAUGGUCAUUUCUCUCCAUAUGGUGUCAACUGCACAGCAUGGACAAAGUGUAAUUUUGACCAACAGAAGACUGCAGAAGGAACCAAAACAAACGAUACAGUUUGUGAAAAUAUACCUGAACUAAGUAGAUUAUGGAUUCUUGGACCAGUACUAUUAACAGCUCUUCUAUGUGCUGGACUAAUUGGAAACUACUUAAAGGAAGACUCCCAUACAAGAAACUAUCAAAGAGUCCUCCUGAACAGAGACAGCUGCUUGAGGGGUCAAAAAUUGCAGUGGGUCAAAGCUUUCUGCUGUAACACCUGUUCCACGGUGUUCACCGCCCUGCGCCCUCUCCUCGCGGUGUUGGGCGAAUCCAGCGCUGGAUGUGUGGAACACGGUCUCCUCCUCGUCCACUUCCAAAACCUCACCAUCAGCAACAGGUAACAGUCACUCAGCCCCCUGCACAGCUGCAGCAGUUAACUAAGAGACUGGCACUCUGGACAGAAGAGCGUGUUACACUGGGGACUCACUGUGUGAGCGAGAAAAAUGUCUACCUGAAAUUCUGCGCCCUGGGAAAUCACUGGAUUCCUGAAACCAGCGAUCCUCACAAGAGCCCACAGCCCACAACACAGAGCACUUCCCCCAGAACCCUCAUCAGCAGUUCCAUAAUUAACCAGGAUAACAGUGGCUCAUUACCCUAGGACAAGGUAACAUAUCGGGAUCACUACAUCAUGCUCAUUCAAGUACAGGAGCUACUGCAAUUCUGCAGCUGUUCACAGUUACUGAACUUUUGUCUCAAAGGUAUGUGGGUGUAAUAAGAACUUUUUUCUUCGAAAGACAGCUGGACUUAAUAGCCUAUCAUAUAAUUAGCUUUUCACAUAUUGAUACACCUCUCAUUUUGUUGCUCCUUCAGUAGGGUAAUGUGAGCUGAUAAAAUAACAUCACACAUGUUGCUACUCUGUUUUUAAUCCAUCCUGUCACUUAAAUGUUGUUCACGUGUCUUAAUGAGUGGUAUUGUUGGACAAGGGUUUAAUAGGUGGUUUUACUUUCUUUUGAACUUGCUGCUUCUUGUGUUGUGGGAUCUAUCAAAAAUAAUCUGUUUCCUUUUUCAGUAGGUGAGAGUUUUUAAUCACAGCACGCAAUAAUUACAACAACCUCAUUUAGGAAUCUUGUAUAGUCUCUGUUUGUGACUUUAUUUGUUAAUUCUGCAUAAUCAGGGAUUCUAGAUUUAGCAUAGCUUCCUGGACUGUCUGAGGCCUACACAUUACGUCAUCACCAGUGCACCAUUUUAAUCCCAGCACCCCUGACCAAUGUACUGAAUCUGCCAAAUGUCACGAUACGGGGGCUAGGACCCAGGCGCAGAGUGGGAGCAAACACGAAACUCAAAAAUGUAGAUACAAAUAAGAUUUUACUAACAAAAAACAACAACAAAGAGCCACGAGGGGCAUAUAACAAAACUAAAAGAAUACAA